UACCCCAGAGCAGCUCUGAGGGAGAGAAGACGGGCUGAAACUGGGCAGAAUCUUACAGAGAAAGGAGGAAGAGCAAAGUGCCUGAAGUCUUGUGAAUUGGGUUGAUGGCUAAGAAUGACAGAGAGAGUUAAAGGGCAAGGAAAGACUGAGUCAAGGAAUAAAGUACAAACUGCUUGAAAGUGAGGCGGGCUCAUCCUGUAGGAACAAGCAAGAAAUACAGCAAGGAGCAAAAAAGGGAAGACCACACUGGAGCUGGCUGCAAGCAGCAAUCCCUGAUACUUCACUGAAAAGGGAUUCCUCUGCCUUUAUCAUGCCCUCUUUCCUGCCUCUGCUCUUCUUCAUUUUGUUUUUCAAGGGUUGUCUGGCCCCUCCAUCCACAUCAACUCAAUGUCCAGAUGCAGGAGGGGUGCGAGCUCUCCUCAAGCGACUUGAAAUUUUGGAAAAGUUGGUUCGGGACAUAAAAGGACAGUGUUCACCUCCAUGUUGUGGAAAUGUGCAGAGUGGAGCUGAUGACCCUGCAAGUCACAAAUCUCCUUCAUGUCCACAGCCAGCCGAAUCAUGCCCUGGGGGUUGUGGAGGGGAAGAACAUGGAAUCUGCAUUGAUGGACAGUGUCAGUGCAAAGAUGGAUACAUGGGAGAAAACUGCCAGCUGAAAACUUGUCCUGAAGAUUGUAAUGACCAAGGUCGAUGCAAAGAUGGCCAAUGCUUCUGCUUUUCUGGAUACUUUGGAGUUGAUUGUAGCUCAAAGUCCUGUCCUAAUAAUUGUCAAAAUCAUGGACGCUGUGAUAAAGGAGUUUGUAUUUGUGACCCUGGUUUUACUGGAGUUGACUGUAGUUCCAGAACCUGCCCCAAAAACUGUUUCAAUAGAGGUCGAUGUGAAGAUGGAGUAUGUAUAUGUUACCCUGAUUAUACCGGUCCUGAUUGCAGCAUUAAAACUUGCCUUAACGACUGUCAAGACCAUGGGCGUUGUGAAGAUGGAAUGUGUGUGUGUGAUCCUGGAUUCACUGGAAUAGAUUGUAGUUCCAGAACUUGCCACAAUGACUGUCAGAAUCAUGGCAGAUGUGAAAAUGGACUUUGUGUUUGUGAUUCUGGGUAUUCUGGACCAGAUUGUGGAAUUAUGAGCUGCCCAGAAGAUUGCAAUGAGCAGGGCCGCUGUGUGUCUGGAGUCUGUGUAUGUGAUAGUGGUUUUAUUGGGCCAGAUUGUGGAACUAGGGUCUGUUCUCCCGAAUGUGAGAGACGUGGUCGUUGUGAGGAUGGUGAGUGUAUCUGUAACCCUGGAUUUACUGGCCCAGACUGUGAGAUAAAAACUUGCCCUAAUGAUUGUCACAAACAAGGAAUGUGUGUGGAUGGAAAAUGUGUUUGUGAUUCUGGAUAUACAGGAGUAGACUGCCAAGUUAAAACUUGCCCAAACAAAUGUCACAACCGGGGUAGGUGUGAAGAUGGAAUCUGCAUUUGUAAUUCUGGAUAUUCUGGGUCAGAUUGUGGGUCAAAAUCUUGUCCAAAGAACUGCAGUGGGAAUGGCCAAUGUGUGAAGGGCAAGUGUGUAUGUGAUUCUGGAUUUAUUGGCCCAGUUUGUGGGACCAGAGCUUGUCCAGCUGGGUGUGGCAAUCAUGGACGCUGUUUGAGAGGGACCUGUGUCUGCUCUCCAGGGUACACUGGGGUAGAUUGUGCAUCUAGGCUAUGCCCCAAAAACUGCCAUAACCGAGGCAGGUGUGAACAGGGAGUCUGUAUAUGUAAUCCUGAAUAUACAGGCCUUGAUUGUGGAUCUAGGACUUGCCCCAAAAACUGCCACGGUAAGGGGCAAUGUGAUGAUGGUGUGUGUAUUUGUGACUUGGGAUAUACUGGCUUGGAUUGUGCAACUAAAUCCUGCUUCAAUGACUGCCACCAUAGGGGGCGUUGUGAAGAUGGUGUGUGUAUUUGUGAUGUUGGAUAUACAGGCCUAGAUUGUGGAACUCUAAGCUGUCCUAAAGACUGCCACAACAGGGGUAAGUGUGAAAAUGGAGUCUGUGUCUGUGAUCCUGGCUUUACUGGCCUAGAUUGUGGUUCAAGGAGUUGUCCUAAUAAUUGUAAUUACCAUGGUCGAUGUGAAGAUGGAGAGUGUAUUUGUGAUUCUGGAUAUACUGAUCAUGACUGUGGUUCAAAAAUGUGUUCUAAUAACUGUCAAAACCAUGGUAUUUGUGAUAAUGGGAAAUGCAUCUGCGAUUCUGGAUAUGCUGGUGUAGACUGUGGAUUGCGAACCUGUCCAAAUGACUGCAACAACAGGGGACAGUGUAUAGAUGGAGUUUGCAUUUGUAACUCUGGAUACACUGAUCUAGACUGUGGAUUUAGAACCUGUCCAUUUGAAUGUCAUAACAGAGGUCAGUGUGUAAAUGGUAUAUGUAUAUGUGAUUCUGGAUAUAGUGGGCUAGAUUGCGGCUCUGCUUCAUGCCCAAAUAAUUGUCAAAAUCGUGGAAAAUGUCACAAUGGAGAGUGUGUUUGUGAUUUUGGAUAUACUGGGGUUGAAUGUGGGACCGAAGCCUGUCCAGAAAACUGUCACAUACAUGGCCGAUGUGAGCAAGGGGUCUGUAUCUGCCAGCCUGGAUAUACAGGCUUGGAUUGUAGUUCUAAAUCCUGUCCAAAGAAUUGUAGCGGCAAUGGGCAGUGUAUAAAUGGAAAAUGUAUCUGUGACUUUGGUUAUACUGGACCCGUUUGUGGAAGCAGAGCUUGCCCUGGGAACUGUGGUGGACGAGGAAAAUGCAUAAAUGGGGUCUGUGUGUGCAAAAAGGGAUAUGAAGGAGCGGACUGUAGCGUGGUUGUCACAGAACUUGUAGCAGUUACUGGGUUACGUGUGACGUCUGUGGAAGAAUCUUCAGUAACUAUUGAGUGGGACCUUCAACAGACUCCCCCAGAUGUAUAUGCCAUUUCAUUCAAAGCAAAGAAGGAAAAUGGCUUAUUAAACAAUACAGUGGAUGGCACUCUCACUUCAUUUGUUCAGACUGGUCUGGCCUCAGGAGAGGAGUAUCUUGUGUCUAUACAACCCCAGAAGGGACUAACUGUUGGGCCUGAAACCACUGUAACUGCUACUACAAGCAUUGAGGCUCCACUGGGACUCAGAGUAACAGAAAUCACCACCACUUCUUUCCUUUUAAGAUGGGAACGUCCCCAGUCUUUCCCUGAUCGGUACAUAGUGACACUAGUGUCCCCAACUGGGAAGGAGAGAAAGCUGAAAGUCCCUGGAAAGGGUGAUAGGGUGAGGGUUACAGCACUUGAAGAGGGAACAAUUUACAAAGUGAUAUUGAGAGCAGAAAGGGGACAGGAGCAAAGCAAAGGGAUGGAGACGACUGCUAAAACAGCUCUUGACAGGGAGAGAAAAAAUAUAGAUGAUGAAGAUGCCCGCAAGAAGAAAGGAAAGGUAGUGACCCCUCAACAGGGAGGUCAACUUGAAAAGCCACGAUUUUCAGAAGAUCAUUACCGUCCUGCAACAACGGGGCAAGUUUUAAUUCAUUCUGGAGGUGGAGAAGGCAGUUCAAAGACAAGGGAGAUUACAGAGUAUAUUGUUGAAGACCAAACACAAAAGGGUGUGGUGAACACUACUAGGAAGACUAUCCAGACCACUAUUAUUACUACAUACCACAUUCAGAAUCAUAAGGAAGGAGAUGUUGUGGAUAUGUUUGAGGAUACUAAGAGUAGUGAAUAUUCACAGACAAAGCAUCUACCAGAUAGAAAAAAAAUAAGCAGUGAUGUAGAGGGAAGUGAUGUGGGAGAGACUACAGGACAGACUGAUAUAACAGGGACUAUUAUCAGAAAGCACACACCUGAGAAGAAAGUGCAAAGUUGGAUUGCCAGAGGAAAAAUUAUAGAUGCAUCUUCUGUGGAGAAACCUCCAAACCAUCUUACACAGAAAACUAAUAAAACAUCAGUUCAGUUAGGUGAUACACAGGCAGCUGGACAACAGAGGAAAAAACCAAGUGAUAAAUCUGUGGAGGUGGUGACUGGGAUCCAAGUUAAUCUAGGGAGUACAGAGUCAAAAACAUUUUCCGAUGAAAAAUUACCUUUGACCAUAAAUGAGAAACAGUUGGAGAAUUUAAAGGAUGAAAGAGAUCCAGGCAGUAUACUUGAUGAUGUAUCAACAAAAGUGCAUACAGAAGGCAGAAACUCUAGAAAAAAUAAUACAGGGUUGGAGAAAAAAAGGCUAGAUGCAGGUGUAAGAGUUCAGAAACAAAAUAAAAUGGAAAAGUUAUAUCCUGGAGGUUUACACAUAAAAGCUGUUAUUGAGAACUUACCAACAAAACUAUCAGUUUACAAUGGGACCUUUAUACAACGUCUUGAAAGUUACCUGCGUUCAACUUCUUACCCACUAAGAGCUAAUCAAACAGUGGAAUCUGUGGCCAGAGCAAUUUUCCUUUACUUAGUAAAGUACAAACCCAAUAGUUUUACAGGAAUGGUAUAUGAUCGUCUUCCACAAAAAACUCCAGAUUCACCUGAAAAUGAGGAACCUUUUGGAGCAAGUAAAAUUCAGGGUAAUAUGGGGAGUGUUAUGGUGGAUAAUAAGCCAGAUCAAGCAAAAGAAGUAGUAGUUCUCAGACCAAAGGAUAGGCAUGCAACAAUGGAAGGAUCACAGAGAAAAGUAGACACUCCAGCUAUAAGUAGGUACACUUCUUCAUCUGAACUUUAUGAAGUUAACAUGAAAGUCCUGAAGGAGACUCCAACCUCAAGAGAAGAGGAAAAGUUAAUAAGUGAGAAGAGCACCUUACAACGCCUUCCUCUAAAAACUCAGUUAAAUAAAACAUACUCGGAAAAGAUUUCUGAUUCUACAAAAAGAACUAUAGUACCUGAUAAUCAAAGGGUGUGGCAAGCAGGUGAAAAGGAUAAGACAUUCACUGGCAAAAAUAAGAAUGAAAGCUUGAAAAAGACUACAGUGUCCCCAACAACUAUGGAAUAUUUGAUCUACACUCCUAGUGUAGAUACAUUGAACAGACCCACUCAAAGCUCAGAAGACAAAACAGCACCUGGUGUAAUUUUGUUGACUAAUGACAAAGGAAUUACCCCGAAAAAGCAACCUUAUUAUGGUAAAAAAGUUCCACCAAGACCAGAGAAAGUAGGAUCUAAAAUAAAGGAGGGGGAGAUAAAAAAUGAACGUCUCAUAGAUAAAGAUUCAAGAAGUAAGAUACUUGAUGACAAGGCAUCUUUACUGCAAGCGAGAGAGGGUGAGGAGAAAGAAAAUGAAGAGAAGACUAUCCAAGCACUUGGGUCUGCUGGUCCCUCAACGCAUCCUACAUCAGUAAAAAUUUCUGGUCCAGGCAUUUUUGGCAGACCAACUGUUGUAAAGAGUACUCCUACAAAUCUUGUUGUAUCCCUAGAUGGUCUUGGGGUUCUAUUGGACAAGGUGAUGAUUCAUUAUCGUCCAUUUCAAGCCAUCAUGACUGAUAUGCCACAACAACUAGAGGUUGGAAAAGGAGUUGGAAAAGUUGUGAUCAGGGAUCUAGAACCAGGGACCACCUACCGCCUUGAAAUUCAUGGGCUAUUGAGGGGGCAGUCCUCCAAGUCCUACAUUUUGGUAGCUGACACAGCUCAGAGUCCCACAAUUUUGCCCACUGAGGUGACCACAAAGCCAACAAUAUCCCCAAUAGAGGACAUUUUAACUACCACGGCUUCUUCAGCUACUACACGGCCCCGCAUACCAGUUCAAAUGGGGGCGCUGCAAGUGAGAAAUGUAACAAGUGAAAGUAUCACAUUAGUCUGGAAGGCCAAGAUUGGGGCUUAUGAUUCAUUCUUGGUGCGCUACGAUGAGGUAACUGAUGGUGUUAGUCCACAAGAACUAUCUGUUCCAGGAGACCAACGAGAGGUGACUUUAAGAGGGCUGACUCAAGAUACCAGAUAUGAAGUAUUGCUCUAUGGUAUAAGGGAAGGAAAGCUGACACGGCCUUUUAAAGAAGAAGUAACAACAGAACCUCACCCUAAGAGAGGCACGCCCCCUCGCCUUUCUCCCCUCUUGGUAUCUGAAGUCCAUAGAAACUCUGCGCUUCUAUCAUGGGAACCUCUAGAUGGUGAUUUUGAUGCUUACAUAUUGCGAUAUGGAUCCCCUGAGGGCCCCAUGCAAGAGGAAACCUUGAGAGGAGACCAGACAUCUUUCCUUAUCUCUGGACUGGUUGCAGCAGUUAAUUACUCGGUUGAGCUGCGUGGCAUUUGGGGAGAGAGCUACACUGAGCCUCAGGCUACAUAUGUGCUGACAGAAAAACCACAGCCUCCCCGCUUGGAGUCCCUCACUCUGUUUGACGUGCGCAGUGAAUCCCUAAAUCUCUCUUGGGAUGUCCAGGGUGGAGAUUUUGAUUCUUUUCUCCUUUGGUACCGUGAUGGGGAGGGAAAGCCACAGGAAAUAGCUCUUGAUAAAGAUUUGCGCUCUUCCACUGUCAGAGACUUGAAGCCUGGGAAAAAGUAUAAAUUUGUCUUGUAUGGCAUAUCAGGGGAAAAGAGGAGCAAACCAGUGACAGCAGAGGGGAGCACAGACAAACUACAACAACCACAACUAGAGUCUCUCUCUGUGUCUGAUGUCCACAGUGACUCUGUGCUACUUUCUUGGGUGGUUCAGGGUGGUAAAUUUGACUCAUUCCUUCUAAAUUAUCGAGACGCUGAGGGCAAACCCAAGGAAGCUUCUUUGGAAGGGGAACAGCGCAGUGUCCCAGUUGGGGAUCUGAAGCCUGGAAAGAAAUAUAAAUUUGUCCUGUAUGGGAUUUCAGGAGGAAAGAAAAGCAAAGCAGCGAUAGCAGAGACCACCACAAAACCACGUGAAAAAGUAGUACCAUCUUCGCCUGCAACACCCACUAUUCCUCGUCUGGUUGACCUGCAAGCCAAUGAAAUAGGGAAAGAUUCAGUAAAUUUGUCAUGGAGAGUGGAGGGUGAAUCUUCAUUUGACUGGAUUGUGGUACAGUAUGGAGGGCCUGAUGGUGUAGUUAGAGAGCAGCAGGUUCCAGGAGGAGACACAAGCACCUUAGUCACAGGCCUGCUGCCAUCCAGGCGAUACAAAUUCAGUCUGUAUGGCAUUAAAGGGCAGAAACACAGCAAACCUUUAUCCACUGAAAUUGAAACAGGCUUCCUGGAGGCCGUUGGUCAACCUUCCUCUUUCCUGAAUGAUCUUUUUGUUUCUCCACAUGGGCCUCAUUCCAUCUUAGUUUCUUGGCAAGCUCCAGAAGGAUCAUUUGACUCAUUUGUCAUUCGUUAUGGCAUUGAGGGUCAUGAGAAACCUCAGAAAGAGGCAUCUGUAAAUGGAACUGCACGUACUCUUUUACUUGCUAACCUCCAGCCUGACACCCCUUAUAAAGUAAAACUACAUGGUGUUAGAAGAGGGAAAGAGCAGGGCAGUUUAGAAACCACUGGGCGUACAGGAUCUUUAGACCUGGAACCUCCUCAAAACUUAAGAUUUAAUGAUGUAGAAGAAACAUCAUUAACUGUCAGCUGGGAUCCCCCCAAUCCUGAAACUACCACAUUCAAAGUAUCAUAUCAGCUUGCAAAGGGGGGAGAACCUGAAAGUGUAAAUGUAGUUGGAGACAGCAAAUCUCUUCAGAGACUUAAUGUUGGAACUCGUUAUGAAGUUACUGUGGUAUCUGUACGAGGGUUUGAGGAAAGUCAGCCUCUGACAGGCUACAUCACUACAGGUGGAGGUGGGCCACAUUCUCUGCAUGCCCAUGAUGUGACUGAAGAAUCAGCACUUUUACGCUGGGAACCAGAACCGGGAUUUGUGGACAGAUAUGUAGUGACAUACAGGGCAGAGAAUGUGCUUUCAGUUACGCAUGAAGUUCCAGGUGAUCAGACUGAGCUUCCUAUCUCUGGUCUGAAUCCUCACACUGAAUACUAUGCAAGUGUGCAAAGCCUCCAUGGAUCCAAGCUGAGCUCACCAACAUCUACCUCUUUCAUUACUAGUGCUGAUACUCCACGGGAACUCCUUGCCAGUCAGAUCACUGCUCAGAGUGCUCUGUUGACCUGGAAACCACCUCAGGUUGUUCCUGAUGGGUAUCGACUUGUGUAUCAAACACAUGAUGGUGAAAUUAAGGAGUUAAUUUUACUAGCCAACUUGUCCUCCUUUACCCUAAGUCAUCUCACACCUUCCACCCCAUACAAAGUUCAGCUUCAUGCCUUGCGUGGUGCUUCCAGCUCGGCACCCAUUUCCACCUCCUUCACUACAGGUCGAAUAAGAUAUCCAUUUCCCCGAGAUUGCUGGGAAAAGCAUAUGAAUGGAGACUUGCAGAGUGGUGUGUUCACAAUAUAUCUGGGAGGAUCAAAAGAUGAUCCAUUGCUGGUGUACUGUGACAUGGAGACUGAUGGAGGUGGCUGGAUAGUUUUUCAGAGGAGGAUAGAUGGGAGAACUGAUUUUUGGAGAAACUGGAGGCAAUAUAAGGAGGGGUUUGGUAACCUUACUUCAGAGUUCUGGCUGGGAAACAUUGCUCUGCAUCGUCUAUCAUCUUUGGCACCAUAUGAGUUACGUGUAGACCUCCGGGCAGGAGCUGAGGCUGCCUAUGCUGUGUAUGAAGAUUUUCGUGUUGAGGGUGAAGACAAACACUUUAGGCUGCGGAUAGGAGCAUACAGAGGAAAUGCAGGGGACUCUCUGAGCUAUCACAACAAUAUGAUUUUUUCAACACGGGACCGUGAUGCAGAGAAAAGAAUAUUACCUUGUUCCAUUUCUUAUCGUGGAGCUUGGUGGUAUAAGAACUGCCACUAUGCCAAUCUUAAUGGGAUGUAUGGCAACAACAAAGACCAUCAAGGUGUGAACUGGCACACAUGGAAAGGCUUCGAAUUUUCGAUUCCAUUCACUGAGAUGAAGAUGCGGCCACAGAGAACAGGCAACUGGCGCCGUCUUUAGAGCGCUGACAGUCUUAAACCACUAAACUUAAAACUGGAAGCAAUGUGGCACCUUUGGAAACCUUACCCCUAUGUCCUUUCUGCUAGGCCCAUAAGAUGGAACAUAAGUCUACAAAACUGUAUCUAAUUGUAAUGUGUUUUAACUCCAGAACUACAGAUGGGGAAAAUAUUUCAAAAGUGAAAAAUCUAAAAACACUGGCCUCUAGAACUGGAGUCUAGAACCCAAGUGAUGGAAACAGAAAUUACCUAGAAAUGGAAAGCAGAAAAAACAGCUAUGUGCAGGCAAUAUAUAUGGUCUAUAUAUAUAUACAAAAAUGCAAUGCAGCUGAAAUCUAGCAGUUCCAGGUUUUAGAACUCUAAAACCAUAAGCUAUAAGUAUUAAUAUAAUAUAGUGUAAAUCUAGAAAGAAUUCUGGAAAAUACAAAAACAAUCCUCAAAGAGUCUACCGGGGAGGAGUGCACCCUCAGGGGGAAGGGGCGGAGUAAAAGAUGUGUCACAGCCACAAAAUGGGGAGGGGGAGAUGGGAGGAUGUGGCAGAGCCCCAUUCCCUCCACCCACUAUAUAAAUAUAAAUAUAUAUAUAUAGCAAACGGAUACACAGUCUAUUUUUUAUAAAAGUACAGUAUGAAGAGGGAAUGGAUGGGAGGGGGAAAAGAUGGAGGAUUUGUGUUCUGUAAACUGCUUCUAAUAAACCGAUGGGAUAUCACCUUGCAA